AUGUCAACACAAAGACCAGAUAAUACGAUUAUUACUUGUAGGCCUGUUCCUUUAUCUACUCGUCCUAAUUUAUUUAUGCAGAAUUCUUAUGGAUAUUCACCUAUUAGUGCCUUUUCUAUGCCUGCUCCAAAACAAGUUUACUCUCCUUUAUUGGUUGUUACUCCAAUGGAUACUCCAAUGGUAGAAGAAGACUCAGAAGAGAAUGCACGUUAUGAUAAUCCUGUUUUCCUUGACCAAGACGUUUUUGUUUUCGAUGAACAAAUGCAACAACAAAACCAACAAAAAAUUCAAAAAUCAACUACUGAUAAUAUUAUCUCGUCAACAAAUCAACUUAAACAAACAAGUGCAACACUAUCUUGUCUUGGAAAUAAUGAUCAACAACAAUCGUCACCAAUACGACAUUCAAAAUUAUCAUCUGAUCAAAUAACUUGUGAACAACCAAUUACUUUAAAUGAUUUUGGUGUUACUUGUUCAUUAAGAGAUGAAAUUCAUGAUGACUCUGAAGGAUUAGAAGAAGAAGACUCUUCUCAAGAUUUUGAAGAAAGUGAUGAUAUUGAUGAUGAAGAAAGUCAAGUAAUUCAAGAGGUAUUAGAACGUGUAGAACAACUAAAGAAAAUAGGAGACGAAAGAAAUAAACUUCUUCAUCAUAUGAUUGAAAAUCAAAAGUAA